GGCAAUUAUAGACUGGCAGUACAUUCUUGAUUGUCAUCUGCCAAUAGACAACAGCCUCAAAACACUGGAACGACCUAUAAUAAAUACUUAUCAGCCUCCAAUCAGACACAACAAAAAUCGCAUAGUCAAGUCAAAGCUUAAGUAUUGAGCGCGGCUGGAACAAGUUCCAAGUCUCUUUCGAACUCUGACCACUGCUUGUACGACCAACGCACUCCUUCGUACUUAGAGCUCUUUAACUACUCAACGCUCCCAACAACUCAACAUGACCGAAUAUGAUUAUCUCUUCAAGGUUGUUCUAAUUGGUGACUCUGGAGUCGGCAAAUCAAAUCUUCUCUCGAGAUUCACUCGGAACGAAUUCAACAUGGAGUCUAAAUCAACUAUUGGUGUCGAGUUCGCGACCCGCUCGAUCAAUGUUGACGCCAAGACGGUGAAAGCACAGAUAUGGGAUACUGCAGGUCAAGAGCGUUACCGCGCAAUCACCUCUGCGUACUACCGUGGUGCUGUUGGUGCUCUGUUGGUGUACGAUAUCACUAAACAUGCAACGUACGUCAACGUAACGCGGUGGUUGAAAGAGCUCCGGGAUCAUGCAGACUCCAACAUCGUUAUAAUGCUUGUUGGAAAUAAGAGUGACUUGAAACACUUGAGGGCAGUUCCCACUGAGGAGGCAAAGACUUUUGCAACGGAGAACGAACUUUCGUUUAUCGAGACUUCGGCUCUAGACGCAUCAAAUGUCGAGUCAGCUUUCCAAACCAUCCUUACCGAUAUCUACCGGAUCGUCUCGAGCAAGUCGAUCGAGCAGUCUGCUGACCCCAUCAAGGGACCCACUAGUGACACUAUCCCUGUAGCGAUUGACUCUUCCACGCCCGCAGCAGGUAGCAAAUGUUGUUAGAUGCGUGGACAGAGUUGCUGUUACCUUUCGUCACUCUAGCCUUUGCUGUGGCACUCAGGCGGCUGUGUCUGUAGU